UCUCUGCCUCAGAAGCAUGUAUGAAGGACAUGCAAGAAAUGACAGGGACCAGUGGGUCAGGACAGAAGAAGUUAGGAAAAGGAAGCUACAGGGACUCAGAUUCGAAGAAAUUCGUUGUAGAAAAAGAUGUAUGGGUCUAACCCAGUGUUUUUGAGACAGGGUCUCCGUGUAGCCCCAGCCAGCCUGGAACUUGCUAUGUAGUCCCGGCUGACCUUGAUCUCACAGAAUGCCACCUGUCUCUGCCUCCCAAGUGUUGGGAUUAAAGGCAUGUGCCACCACACCCAGCCCAAACACUUUUAAAAAACCAACAUAUUGUUUUUAAUUUAACUGUAUUUUGGAAAGAGCCCAGCUGGGAUGAGCUUGCGGAAGAUUAAACCUGGAGUCUGUGUAACCCAGAGAAGAACAGAUGUUCUAUGUGACACUCGAUGUCUGUCACUUGGCCAGAGUCUUUGUGAACAUAACACACCCAGUUGGCAAAUGGAGCCCUCACAUGUUUGUCCACCCUCAGGUCUAUAUGCUUAGCCACAAGGGAAGCUGUGGCAUUUGGAAGCUGGUGGCUGUAGUCAUAGAUGGGACUUUGCUGCAGAAAUCCUCCUCUGACAAGCAAUUCUGAUAGUCUGUGCCUGAUACCCACAAGCCGUGUUGAUCAGGUCCAGGAAACAUGGGGCAGAAGGCGUCACAACAGCUGGCUCUCAAAGACAGUAACGAGGUCCUCGUCCCGUGUGAGGUGGUGAGUGGAGCCAUAGUCCAAGCAGCUCAGAAACUGAAGGAGUACCUCGGGUUCGAGUACCCCCUGAGUAGACUCUGCCCUGCUAGAGGCACACUGAACGAGAUCUUCCUCAUCCACUUCAUCACCUUCUGCCAGGAAAAGGGUAUGGACGAAUGGCUCACCACCACCAAGAUGACCAAGCACCAAUCCUUGCUGUUUGGGGCAGACUGGGUUUGGACCUUCUGGGGACCUGACAAGCAAAUCCGGCUUCAGCUGGCAGUGCAAACUCUGCAGAUGGCUUCUCUUCCCCCGAGGGACCCACAGCCUUGUGAGUCAAGGGGAGAAGAGUCAUGGAAAAGAAGCAGGUUUGAAAAGUUGGAAGAGUUUUGUAGCUUGAUAGGAGAGGACUGCUUAGGCCUGUUUCUCAUCCUUGGUGUUCCAGGAGAGCCUAAAGCCAUCAGGGGUGUUGUCCUGGACAGUGUUAGGAGUGGGUCAGUGAAGAGCCACCUGCCGGGAUGUAAGGCUGUGGAACAGUUUGUCCUGGAGACAGAAGACUGUGUCUCCAUCAAAGAACUGCUGGGAAACUGUCUGAGGAAGAAGGAUGGGCUGAGGGAGAUGGGCAAGGUUUAUAUUAGCAUCCUCUAAACUCAGUGUGUUGCUGUGACUGGCCUGUCAGACAGAAGGGAAAGAAAAUUCCCAGCGUGGGGUCAACCCUCACAUUGAUAGACAACGAUCACCUAGGUCAAAGCAUGUUGAUGUCACAAUUAUUGAAAGAAACAAACCCUGAUUGUAUUUCAGGGAAACGUAUAAUUUAGUCUUUGCUUAUUAGAUAAUAAAAAUUGGGGGCGACAAUAAUAAAGUCGUGCAUAAAA